CGGGUGCGGACGUGGAGACGUCACGCCCCGCCCGUGUAGGAUUGCGCAGCCGCUCGGGUUUACUGGUCUAAAAGGUCUUUAGAAGUGGGACGGUGGUUUAUGAAUUUUCGUCACCUUCGUUCGCAGUCCAGCUACCAGACAAUGAACUAUUCUUGCAAUGAUGCCGUUCAUAUCUAUAAUAAGGCUUCCAGCAGACGAUGAAGUCUUGUUACAGAAAUUAAGAGAGGAAUCCAGAGCUGUCUUUCUACAAAGGAAAAGCAGAGAACUCUUAGAUAAUGAAGAGUUACAGAACUUAUGGUUUUUGCUGGACAAAUGCCAGACACCACCUAUGACUGGAGAAGAAUCAAGGAUCAAUUAUGAAAAAAUUCUGAGGGUUGGUCAAAAAGCCGGACCAAAAUGCAAACAAUUUUUCCCUACAAAAGUCUUUGCUAAACUCCUUCAUACAGAUUCACAUGGAAGAAUUUCCAUCAUGCAGUUCUUUAACUCUGUCAUGCGAAAAGUUUGGCUUCAUCAAACAAGAAUAGGACUCAUUUUAUAUGAUGUUGCUGGACAAGGAUACCUUCGGGAAUCUGAUUUAGAAAACUACAUACUGGAACUUAUUCCUACUUUGCCACAAUUAGAUGGGCUGGAAAAAUCAUUUUACUCCUUUUAUGUUUGUACAGAAGUUAGGAAGUUCUUCUUCUUUUUGGACCCUCUAAGACCAGGGAAGAUAGAAAUUCAAGAUAUUUUAGCAUAUAGUUUGCUGGAUGAUUUACUGGAGCUAAGGGAUGAGGAACUGUCCAAGGAGAGUCAAGAGACAAACUGGUUUUCUGCUCCUUCUGCCCUAAGAGUUUAUGGCCAGUAUUUGAAUCUCGAUAAAGAUCACAAUGGCAUGCUCAGUAGAGAAGAGCUCUUCCGCUAUGGGACAACUAUGACCAAUGUCUUCUUAGAUCGUGUUUUCCAGGAGUGUCUCACUUACGAUGGAGAAAUGGACUAUAAGACCUACUUGAACUUUGUUCUUGCAUUAGAAAAUAGGAAGGAGCCUGCAGCUUUACAGUACAUCUUCAAACUGCUUGAUAUUGAGAACAAGGAAUAUCUGAAUGUCUUUUCCCUUCAUUAUUUCUUCAGGGCAAUACAGGAACUAAUGAAAAUCCAUGGACAAGAUCCUGUUUCAUUUCGAGAUGUUAAGGAUGAAAUUUUUGACAUUGUAAAACCCUUGAAAAUUUCUCUCCAGGAUUUAAUCAACAGUAACCAAGCAGACACAGUUACUACCAUUCUAAUUGAUCUGAAUGGUUUCUGGACUUACGAGAAGAGAGAAGCCCUUAUAGCAAAUGACCAUGAGAACUCUGCUGACUUUGAUGACACAUGA